AUGUGGCACCUGGAUAAGAUUCUAACAAGUGAAGGCAUCGAUAUCACGCCCAAAAAGGACGGAGGAGUUCUCAAGGUUGUGAAGCGCCAGGGUCUGAGCAGUGACCGGCCAAUGAUUGGGGACAAAGUGACUGUACAUUACACAGGGAAGUUACUCACCGGGAAAACCUUCGACAGCAGCCGAGAGCGGAAAGAGUCUUUUAGCUUCAAUGUAGGAAAAGGCCAAGUGCUGAAGGCGUGGGACAUCGCAGUGCUGUCCAUGCAAAGAGGAGAGGUGUCCAUGCUGUUGUGUAAGCCUGAAUACGCUUAUGGUUGUGCUGGGAAUCCUGACAAAAUCCCUCCCAACUCCACUGUCAUUUUUGAGAUGGAGCUGCUGAACUUUGAGGGCGAGUUGUUGACAGACGAUGGUGGCAUCAUGAGAAGAAUCAAACUCAAAGGGGACGGGUUCGUAAGUCCCAACGAUGGAGCCACUGUGCAUGUGCAUCUGGAGGGCAGAUGUGAGGGGAAGCUGUUUGACUGCAGAGACGUGAGCUUCAGUGUUGGGGAAGGCGAGGACAAAGGCAUCCCGCUGGGCGUAGACCGAGCUAUGGACAAGAUGCAGAAAGGAGAAUGCUGCGUCCUGCAUCUACAAUCAAAGUAUGGCUUUGGAAGUGAAGGUCAACCAGAGUUUAAAAUUGGUCCAGAUAAAGAGCUUGAAUAUGAAGUGACUUUAAAAGACUUUCAAAGGGCAAAAGAAUCCUGGGAGAUGGACUUAAAUGAAAAGCUGGAUCUUGCUCCUGGUGUGAAGCACAAAGGGAAUCAAUAUUUUAAGGCAGGUCACUUCUACCAGGCGGUGGUUCAGUACCAGCGCAUCAUCUCGUGGCUGGAGAUGGAGUGUGGGAGCGGUAUCGAGCAGCACAAAAGGAUAAAAGAGUUUCUUGUGAUGGCGCAUCUCAAUUUAGCGAUGUGUUUCCUGAAAGUCAAGGACUUUUCUCAAGUCAUAGAGAACUGCAACAAGGUGAUUGAAUUAGAUGAAACAAAUGAGAAAGCGUGGUAUCGACGAGGAGAGGCCCGACUUCUGCGCAACGAGUUCAAUUUGGCGAUGGUGGACUUCCAGAGGGUCCUUCAAGUGAGUCCUCAGAAUCGAGCAGCGCGUUCCCAAAUCUCCAUUUGUCAGAGCAAGAUCCGAGAGCACGAUGAGCAGGACAAGAAAACCUACGCCAACAUGUUCCAGAAGUUUGCAGAGCGGGACGCCAAGGGUGUCCGGCCGAAGAGGCGGAGGGACGACGGCCUCCGGAACGGCCUAAACGGUGAAGUCUGCAGCAUCAAGCGGCGCCGGUCGCGAAGUGCAUCCCAGGAGUGA